UUCUAUUCGCUCUCCCGCCGGCGGCGACCAGCAGCGGGGAAGCUCCGAACUACAGCUCAGUUCACAGAGAGAGAGAGAGAGAGAGAGAGAAAGAGAGGAGAGAUGAGCACUGUGAAGAAAGUGGUGAAGAAGGCAUUAGGGGAUAUGGCGUUCAACAGGGGCGGCGGAGCCAUAAACUGGUUCCCCGGGCACAUGGCCGCCGCAACCCGCGCUAUCCGCGACCGCCUCAAGCUGGCCGACCUCGUCAUCGAAGUCCGCGACUCCCGUAUACCGCUCUCGUCGGCGAACGCUGACCUGCAGCCUCAGCUGUCCCGGAAGCGGCGGGUGAUUGCUCUGAACAAGAAGGAUUUGGCCAACCAAAACAUUUUGCAUAAAUGGAUUCACUACUUCGAUUCUUGCAAGCAAGAUUCUCUUCCGAUAAAUGCACACAGCCAGAGCUCGGUCCAGAAACUUCUUGAUCUAGUGGAGCUGAAACUCAAAGAAGUUAUCUCGAGGGAACCCACUCUGCUCGUUAUGGUGGUUGGUGUUCCUAAUGUUGGCAAGUCAGCUUUAAUCAACUCGAUUCACCGACUCGCUUCUGCUCGGUUUCCUGCGCAGGAGAAGACGAAGAGAGCGACGGUAGGUCCAUUGCCUGGCGUCACUCAGGAUAUUGCUGGGUAUAAGAUUGCUCAUCAGCCUAGUAUAUAUGUCCUGGACACUCCUGGAGUAUUAGUUCCGAGUAUCCCAGACAUAGAAACUGGCUUGAAGCUAGCUCUUGCAGGGUCUGUGAAAGACUCGGUGGUCGGUGAGGAGCGUAUUGCUCAGUACUUGUUAGCAGUCCUAAAUACUAGAGGCACGCCCUUUCACUGGAAACGCUCAAACAACAGAAGGAUGGAAGGAAUCCAGUAUGAAUCAGAGGAUAAACCUGAGUACAAUCCUAAAGAUCUCCGGCCCAAGAGGAGGAAACCACCAAAUGCUUCUGACGUGCUGUACAUUGAGGAUCUCGUAACAGAAGUCCAGCGCACGCUAUAUGCUACUCUCUCCGAGUUUGAAGGUAAUGUAGAAGACGAGAAUGAUUUGGAACUACUAAUGGAAAAACAAUUCGAGGCGCUACAGAAGGCCUUGAGAAUUCCUCAUAAGCCAUCCGAAGCUCGACUUAUGGUAUCCAAGAGGUUUCUUACAUUAUUCAGAACCGGUAAGCUUGGUCCUUUCAUUCUUGAUAAUGUUCCUGAUGUUGCCCCAGUUUCGUGAACAUUUGAUUAGGUUGUCUCCAGCCAUGUAUAUAUUUUGUUGGUCCGUUAAGUACCAUCUCUAUGAGCAAAUGAGACUAGAUUGUCCCAUUGUUUUGAAAUUUGUUUCUUGAAUAUUUAGAAAUUCACCAUCGGAGACGAUAUUUUGUAUUUGUUACAUUCCCAGCUCACUCCAAGGAUCAAUUGGACGUGUUUGUAGAUGCUCUUUAAGAUGAAAGGUAACUACAGACCAUAAUUCUACGA